UGAAAAAGGAAAAAGGAGCGAAGAACGGUGAGAGAAGGCCAUCUUGGCUUCGCUGGUGUCCUGGGUUUCUCUCUUCCUGGCCGACUGCCACAGCCCACAGGAGGCCAGAACCCCCGCGGCUUUCCCCGCUCCCUACUCCAGCGCACCUGCCCGGAAACACCUCUCCUCGCCGGCGCCGGCGCCGGAGAAGAGGAGCACAGGGCAGGCCUCCCCGCAUCCGCCGAAGCCGCGCCACCUCCAAGGCGAAGUGCAGAUCAACAGCUCCGUGCUUCUGGUGGAGGCCUGAUACUGUCGCGAGGACCGAGGGUCUAUCCAAGAAAUUAGGUUUGAGCAACCUGAUCACAGAGAAUCAAUGUCUGAGUUCCUGGAACUCGAGGCCCGGGAUGGGGUAAGGAUGACCUGGAAUGUGAUACCGGGCACCAAGCAGGAUGCUGCUAGCUGCGUCGUCCCUGUUUCGGCCAUGUACACUCCUCUGAACCCCAACCCUGCCAUUCCUGUUCUUCCUUACGCCCCACUCCGCUGCCGCAUCUGCCGCGCCAUCCUCAACCCCUUCUCGGUCGCCGACUUCAAUUCGAAGAUGUGGCUCUGCCCAUUCUGCUUCCAGCGCAACCACUUCCCCCAGCAAUACUCCACUGUCUCGCAAAGCAACCUACCUACCGAACUGUAUCCUGAAUGUUGUACUGUCGAGUACAUGGCCACCGCCGAAACAGGUCCUGUGUCGCCACCGGUCUUCCUCUUUGUUGUUGAUACUUGCAUGAUCGAGGAGGAAAUCGGCUAUUUGAAGUCCGCUCUGGCGCAAGCAGUUGAGCUGUUGCCGGACCAAUCCCUCGUCGGGUUCAUUACUUUCGGGACAUAUGUGCAGGUGCAUGAAUUGGGUUUUGGCUUGUUGCCUAAGUCACAUGUGUUCAAGGGGACAAAGGAGAUUAAGAAGGAUCAAAUUCUUGAGCAAAUGGGUUUCUUUGCAGGGAAAACAAAACCAGGUGUGAUCGCCGGCGCAAGGGAUGGUGUUUCAGCAGAAAGUAUUGCUAGGUUCCUGUUGCCUGCUUCGGAGUGCGAGUUUAUACUGAAUUCACUUAUAGAAGAACUGCAAAAGGACCCAUGGCCGGUUUCUGCUGAUCAGCGAGCAUCAAGAUGUACUGGAGCUGCGUUAAGUGUUGCAGCCAGCCUCUUGGGGAUUUGUGUGCCUGGAUCAGGUGGUAGAAUUAUGGCAUUUAUAGGUGGUCCAUCUACUGAGGGACCUGGUUCUAUAAUAUCGAAGCCGUUAUCUGAUCCAAUUCGUUCACACAAAGAUCUUGAUAAAGGUUCUGCUCCACUUUAUAACAAAGCCGUUAAAUUCUACGAGGAGAUUGGAAAUCAACUCGUGCAUCAAGGGCAUGUGCUCGAUCUAUUUGCAUGUGCACUUGACCAGGUUGGUGUCGCUGAGAUGAAGGUUGCAGUGGAGAGAACUGGGGGAAUAGUUGUGCUUGCAGAAAGUUUUGGCCAUUCUGUUUUUAAAGAUUCACUUAGACGCAUUUUUCAGUCAAGCGAUAGUGACCUUGGCUUAUCGUUCAAUGGCAUAUUUGAGAUCAACUGCUCCAAGGAUGUCAAAGUUCAAGGCAUCAUUGGACCUUGUACUUCCCUGGAGAAGAAAGGCCCUCUAUCCUCAGAUACAGUUGUAGGUCAGGGGAACACUAGCGCUUGGAAGAUGUGUGGUCUAGAUAGGAAAACAUCACUAUGCCUAGUAUUUGAUAUGGCCAAAAAAGAUGCCCCGGACGCAAUUGGUCAAUCACAAAAUAAUCUGUUCUACUUCCAGUUCUUAACCUAUUAUCAGCAUCAUGAUGGGCAGAUGAGAUUGCGAGCGACUACACUUUCGAGAAGAUGGGUUGCUGGUUCUGGCAGUGUGCAGGAGCUAAUAACUGGCUUUGACCAAGAGGCAGCAGCAGCAGUCAUGGCACGCUUGGUCUCAUUUAAGAUGGAAGCUGAGGUUGAUUUUGAUCCAGUAAGAUGGCUUGACCGAGCAUUGAUUAGUCUAUGUUCUAAAUUUGGAGACUAUCAGAAGGAAGCACCUUCAUCUUUCAGUCUGUCCCCACGUCUAUCAAUUUUUCCACAGUUUAUAUUUAAUUUGAGACGUUCUCAGUUUAUUCAGGUUUUCAACAAUAGUCCAGAUGAAACUGCAUAUUUCAGGAUGAUGUUAAACAGAGAGAAUGUGGCGAAUGCAGUUGUGAUGAUCCAGCCUUCACUUAUAUCGUAUUCAUUUCAGUCUGGUCCUGAGCCUGUUCUAUUGGAUGUAAGCGCAAUUGCUGGUGACAGGAUACUUUUGUUGGAUUCUUAUUUUACCGUUGUCAUAUUCCAUGGGAUAACGAUUGCACAGUGGCGAAAGGCUGGUUACCAACAUCAAGAAGGCCACGAGGUGUUUGCCCAGUUGUUGCAAGCCCCACAGGAGGAAGCUGAUUCAAUAAUCAAGGAGCGCUUUCCUGUGCCUCGUUUGGUUGUGUGCGAUCAAUAUGGUUCUCAGGCCCGAUUCUUGCUGGCAAAGCUGAACCCAUCCGUGACAUAUGACUCCGACAAUCCUCCGCCCCCCGGGGGGGAUAUGAUAUUCACAGAUGAUGCGAGCUUCCAGGUCUUCAUGGAGCAUCUCCAGCGGUUGGCAGUUCAGUAGAUCGUGGGCGUGCAGUAAUUUUGCACCAAUGGCCUCUUCUCUGAUGUACAGCAAAGAAAACUUUUUCGUGUGUGUAUCACUGUUACAGUACUGUAGACUGACAUACCGUUGUUAGCUCUCCAUCUGUACAUUGCCAUGGGACAUGGACCAAGGUUUAUGCCAUAUAACCCGAGACGGGACAUUCAUAAAUUGUGUUGUUAGCUCAACAUAUGGUUGAUCAUUGCCAACACCAAAGGAGAUCAUCAUCAUCUAGGUGUUCAAACUUACUGGUGAAGAGGAUUCUUAAGUCUCAUGUGUUACUAGCGUGUCGUGCUUGCUGCGUCUACUCGGUUUGUUGGUGGCAUGUGUUUGCUGCAAAAAUGUGCAACAAAUUGAUGAUGUGGUGGUCGUUUAUUGGUUGAUGGAAAUAACAUAAUUACCUUUUGUUUC